AUGCGCGGAGGAGGUGGCGGAGGAGGAAGAAGAGACGGUGGCGCGAAGCUGGCUGCCCGGGCGGCGGGGACCCCUUGGCCCGGGGGCCCCGACAUGACCUCGGCCCAGGAGUCCGGGCCGCCGCCUGCAGCUUCCAAUAAGCCGCUGACGCCCUUCAGCAUAGCUGACAUCCUGGGUCCGCCAGCUCGUCCGACCCCAGUCCCAGUCCCAGUGCCGGCCCAGGGCCUUACUUCGCCUCUCUGCGCGCUAGAAGAGUUAGCCAGCAAGACCUUCCGCAGGCUCGACGGCAGUGCCCUGCAGGCGGCCGAAGAUCGGACCGCACUGAGCCCGCUGAGCCCCAGGCCCUUGACCCGCAGGCGUCGGAAGUCGCGCACGGCGUUCACCGCGCAGCAGGUGCUGGAGCUGGAGAGGCGCUUCGUCUUCCAGAAGUACCUGGCUCCAGCCGAGCGAGAUGGACUGGCAGCUCGGCUGGGUCUGGCCAACGCCCAAGUCAUCACUUGGUUCCAAAACCGCCGGGCCAAACUCAAGAGGGACGUGGAGGAGAUGAAGGCGGACGUGGCCUCGCUGCGUUCCCUGCCGCCCGCAGCUCUCCGCCGGUUGAGCCUCUCUCUGCCAGAACCAGGCUCCCAGCCUCCGGCCGACCCGGAACCCAGCAGUGACCCUGGGCCCGAGCUUUCAGAUGAGGAGAUCCAGGUAGACGACUGA